UACACUCGCUCUCUGCUCUCGAUCCGAUCCAACGUCUUGUCGUUCAUUCUCUGUGAUACAAUAUACUAUAUAGUAUAUCUAUUUUUUGUUCCCCCAAUUUUGUGAUCAAAUGCGUAUCAAAGCGGCUUAAUUUAAUAUAAAAUCCAAUUUUCAAAUAUCGUUCGACAACAAAAGCGUGAAAAGAUUUAUUCAAUAACAAAAUGUCCCCGUGCAAAUACAAAACGAUUUUAUGCCCAGCCGUGAUCUUGAUCUUGUGUCUACAAAAUUUAACACUGGCUGCUCCUGUGCCGCAUUACAAUGAUGAUAUCAUCACAGAGGAAGUGACCUAUCCCACAUCACCCAAUGAAGUGUUGCCCAUUCAACCGCUGCUCAUCUAUCCCAAAUCUCAAGAAUACUAUCAGGCACGCACCUUAGGUGGCAGUGGCGAGGGCGAUAUUAUAUUUGUGAAACUGUUGCAGGACAAGUCCAAAGGCUAUCGUCCCAAGCAGCAACGCAUCAUGGAGGAGCAAUCGUUGGUGCCUCGCAAGGAGCUGGGCCUCAAGGAUAUUUUCUAUGUUAAGGCCCAUACAAAUGGACGAUUCAGUCAUGAACGCCUUAAGGUUUAUCGGGUUCCAGAGUUUUAUGCCAUCAGUGUAUUUCGCAAUGGCGAACAAUAAAAUGCAGUUAAGUUAUUUUUAAGCCGCUAAAAAUAAAUACAUAUAUACGCUCAAGUCAA